AGAGUAUAUAGCGCUGCACUCGUCUCAUAUCAUAUUUUCCUUCGUGCCCAACCUAUUUCCACACCAGAGUGUAUCGUGCACAGCUGCUCUUUCGACGUUUCUCGAUCAUCCAGUAGUAGGUAUAGCAGCAGAGCAAAAGGUGAUCCACCUCUCGUCGACGACGCACGUGCGCGCGGAACGCAUACACGCUGCGUAAAUAUAGCAUGCCACGACUCACGAGUGCAGCAGAACUGUCCUGAGCGAUCGUGCUUCGGGUAACGUUCGAGUGCCAUCGAAAGAGUACCUAUUCGUCAUGGAUUUCGGUACACUGCUGAGUGUCGCCCAGAAGAACGAGAAGAAGCAGCUGACGUCGACGAAGCCCUGCUACACGACCAAGUUCUCCGCGCCCAAGAAGGAGAGCAAACACACCAGGGAACUCUCGGACAACAUAAAGAAGUUCCUCGCGAAAAAGGAAGAGGAGGAACAACGGAAAGCCCAAGAGGAGAAGAGGAAGAAGGAGAACCUUUUGGCUCUGCGGGAUCACAAGGCGCAGAGUCGUAUCAAUAAGCAUUUAAAGGUCUGCAAAGCAGCCAAUAAGUCCGUCUUGGCAGAUGCCGUGGAUAAUCAGAAUACAGCUGUUACCAUUGCAGGACCUGCGCAAUGUGACGAAGAUGAUUAUGGUUAUGUCUCCCAAGAGGCAUCUGCAUUUUAUAACAAGUUAAUGAAUAAGUAUAGUAAUUUACCAGCAGAAAAGCCUUUGUUUAGCGAGGAUGGUAAGAAAACUGUAAAAGAUAUAGCCUCUACAAAAGACAGAGUCAGGCAAGCACUAAAACAGCAAGAAUUAGAGGAAAGUUUACCUCACAAAAGAAAAAGAAAACAUAAAGAUAUUGAAACUGAUGAUAGACAUAACAGUAAUGCUGAAACUAAUAACAAUGACAGAGAUAAAGAUAGAGAUAGGGAAAGAGAGCCAGAAAAGGAAGACAAGCCACGGUUCAAGAAGAAACCAAUGCCUCCACCCAUGGAUUUCACGUCACUACUCAAAUUGGCAGAGAAGAAGCAAUACGAACCAAUAAAGAUCGAGCCAAAACCUAAACCAAAAAAGGAAGAACCUGAGAGACUGAUGACUAAGAAACAGAUGAGAGAAUAUGCAAAGGAAAAAGAGUGGCGGGAAAGGAAGGAAGAGCGCAGUCGGAAUCCAGACAGUGUAAAGCCAGCACAAACUGAUAGCAGUAGACCUAAGCUUCCUUCUAUAUCAAAGAUCUCAAAGACAGAUGUUGCAAAGUCCACAAGUGAUAUGAGUAAAGACAAGACUGUUUCUAAAACACUGCCAGUUAUAGCUAAGAAAUCUGCGGGUGAUAGACCCAUUGAGAGAAGUGCCAGUGCCUCUAGGCCACCAGAACGCAGUAAUGGAAUACACAGACCUCCAGAAAGAAGUAACGAAGUAGCCAAGCCUUCAGAGAGAAGUAAUGGAAUGCACAAACCUCCAGAAAGAAGUAAUGGAAUGCAGAAACCUCCAGAAAGAAGUAAUGGAAUGCACAAACCUCCAGAAAGAAGUAAUGGAAUGCAGAAACCUCUAGAGAGAAGUAAUGGUGCACAAAAGCCUUCUGAAAAAAGUAAUACAGUCAAUGGUAGACCAGCAGAAAGAAACAAUGGCUCAAAUAAACCAUCUGGAAAAAGUACCAGUUCGAGUAGACCUACAGAAAAAAGCAAUGGAAUCCAGAAGAAUGGUUUCUCAAAAGUAGAUUCAAAAACGUCGGAAAAAGAUGAUAUAGCAAGAGAACGAAGAAAGCUAGAGGAAGAAAAAAGAAAAUUGGAAGAAGAAAAACGCAUGAUUGAAGAGAUGAAGAAACAACUAAUGGAAAAAAGUAAGACAGAGAGCAAAUCCAGUAGCAGUUAUGCUUCUCAAAAAGUAUCAGGAAGCAAAGGUAAAGAACCCGUCAGGCCAUCUUCGUCGCAAUCUAAAGGUACCCCUAGCAAGCCAGUUUCAGGAAACAGUGUUAAGUCUCGACCAUUUCCGCCAGCUGAUGUUAAACCACGACAGUUUCCACCUGCUGACGUGAAACCGCGACAAUUUCCACCAGCCGAUGUUAGGCCACGACAAUUUCCACCAGCCGAUGUUAGGCCCCGGCAAUUCCCUCCUCCGGAUGUGAGAAAAGGAAAACCAAGUUCCUCAAAACUAAAAGUCAAUAAACGGCGCAUAUGUGAUACGGAUGACGAAGAAUAUGAUUCAGAACUAGAUGACUUCAUUGAUGAUGGACCCGAAGACGGUAGCGAAGACUACAGCAAGUACAUUAGCGAAAUAUUUGGUUACGAUAAGAGUAAAUAUGUGGAUGACGAAGACGAUGCUGCAAUGGAAAGUAACUUUGCCCAGCAAUUAAAGGAAGAAUAUGUUUCUACUAAACUGGGAUAUUUGGAAGAUCUAGAAGAUAUUAGAAAAGAAAAUGAAGAGAAGGCACGCAAGAAGAAGGCCCUGGAGGCGUUAAUGAAAAAACGCAAAAAAUAACGAUUACUUUUAUAAAGUAUAUAAUGAAAAAGUAUCUAAAAGUGAAUAUCGGAAGAUAUACAUAUAUUUUUAUAAUUGCAUAAUUUUUGUCUUUGCAAAGAUAUCUCACAAGACACUUUUUUAAUGAAAUGUAUUAUAAUAGCUCGUGUAUUAUAUGGUGUAUAGAGAGUUUUUUAGUAUUGCCGAUACUUAAAAAUACUAAAAAAUUGCGAACUUGUAAACUAUAAGAUGAUAACAAUGUAUGUUACAUUAUAUUAUUAUAUAUGUAUAUAUACGCAUAAUUUCCAUCUUAUA